AUGGAAGAUAUCACUAUGAUGGACGCGAAUCAGCCUGACAAACAAUCAAACAUUCAUCCGAUAUUAAACACUUAUGCUACUAUUAUUCUACCCAACCUUUUUAAUUUAGCCCGCCCAACACAUUUAUCAUUCCCAGAACAACUUGGUCCUAAUGUGUUGCCAAUGCCCUCAGUUGCCCCAGAGAUCACUUCAUCGCUUGCAACGGUGCAUUUAAGAGCUAUAGAAUGCAUUAACAAUUUCCUUUUAAUAAUGGUAGAUAAUGUUGAAGAUAAAUGGUGGUUUACGCAGCAUCGAGAGGAUGCUAAACAAGCAUGGGCAUUUCUGUUUGAAUUGGGUGGUCAAGUUACUGGAAAAGGAAUAGGUGAACCAGGACAAGAAAAUAGAGCCAAAAUUCUGGAUGCAUUAAUAGGAUGCCUUUGGACUUUGACCAGAGGGUUGGAAGGCAAUGUGCCUGUUACUGGUGACCAAAUUCACAGUUUGAUUGGUUGCUAUGAGUUAGGUGUAUAUAAUACAAUGCGUGUAAAGAUAAUUGGUACAUUAGGCGUGAUUGCGAGGCGGCAAAAUGCUAUAAACGAUAAUAAGCUGAUAGGAACGUUCCUGCUAAAUAUUCUAAGCUCCUUAAAAAAUGAUUUAGCGUCUCCGGAAUGUGUAAUCGAAGUUCUCAACGCUAUAUAUGACAUAUAUGCUGACAAAGAUUUUGAUUAUGAUGAACCUGUUUUUGUUCAAGGCGGCUAUCUACCUUUGCUCGAAAGUAUGACGAAAUCUAUUGAUAAGAGAACGUCACGUGAUUUACGUCUUCGUGCGGAUGAAGCUUACGAAAAUCUUAUUGCGUUUAUAAAGUAUAAAAAAGAUGAACGACAUAACUAG